AUGAGUCAAAACAGGGCUUGUGUUUGGUUUUGCUUGAGUUUUGUGGGAAUUGGUUUUAACUACUUCUUUUGUAAAAUUGUGAAUUGGUUGGCGACUUGGAUUGGAUUCACCAUUCGAGGGUUUGGCCUACGAAAUGGUAUUGGAGCUUGGCGUAUGUUGCCUCUGGGUGAAGAACUUGGUGGCUAUACCAGCAUGAUAAUUACCGGUGUCGGGCAGGUCACUGGAUCUACUUUGGGACUUCCAAAUGCAUCUGAUGAGUGUGCCACUUGUGGCUCCAAAGACAAAAGGAUCUGUGAAGGUCAUUUUGGAGUAAUCAAAUUUCCUUUCCCCAUACUCCAUCCGUAUUUUAUGUCAGAGAUUGCACAAAUCUUGAAUAAUAUUUGCCCUGUUUGUAAAUCUAUUCGACAUAAAUCUAAGGGUGCUCAAUUAAUAUUUGGAAUCAAGCGGUCUAUUGGUUGCAAAUAUUGUUCUGGAAAUGGGACGAGUCGUUACCCAACAAUGAAGUUUAAAUUUUCAUCCAAUGAUCUCUAUAGAAGAACUGCAAUUAUUGUUGAAGUGAAUGAUAAGGCCUCAAAGAAAACUUUAGGACGAAGCCUACCUGCUGAUUAUUGGGAUUUUAUUCCUUAUGAUGCUCAACAAGAAGAUAAUUAUGUAAAUAGAAGAGUUUUAUCGCCAGGGCAGGUUACUUCUUUGUUGAAUGAUGUUGAUCCAAAAUUCAUCGAAAAGUAUAUUCCAAGAAAGAAUUUGAUGAGUCUUAAUUGCUUUCCAGUGACUCCAAAUUGUCAUCGUGUAACAGAAGUCCCAUACGCAAUUUCUAAUGGAAACCGAUUGAGUUUUGAUGACAGGACUCGAUCUUGCAAGAAAUUAGUUGAUUUCAGGGGUACAGCCAAUGAGUUAAGUUCUCGUCUAAAUCCUGAUAAAACACCUAUUAGUAUUUUUGCUGAUAUUAAAAAAAGGAAAGUUGCAGAAAAUGCUUGCAAUUCUUCUGGUUUAAGAUGGAUAAAAGAUGUGGUUCUGGGAAAACGCAAUGAUAGUAUAUUCCGUGCUGUGGUUGUUGGUGAUCCAUACCUUGAGCUUAGUGAAAUUGGCAUACCUUGUCAUAUUGCUGAAAGUUUACAGGUUUCUGAAUAUGUGAACAGGCAGAAUUUGGAAAAGCUGCUUUAUUGUUGUGAGCUACGCUUGUUAGAGAAGGGACAGAUAAAUGUCUGCAGAAAGGGUUGUUCAAUUCAUUUGUUUAAAAAGGAAGAUCUACAGAUAGGAGACCAAUUUUAUAGACCUCUUGUUGAUGGGGAUAAGGUUCUGAUAAAUAGGCCCCCUUCCAUACAUCAACAUUCUAUGAUUGCUCUCACAGUUAGGGUCCUUCCAAUAUCUUCUGUAGUGUGUAUUAACCCACUCUGUUGUUCUCCACUUCGUGGUGAUUUUGAUGGUGAUUGCCUUCACGGGUAUAUUCCACAAUCAGUUAGUGCUAGAGUUGAGCUUAAUGAGCUUGUUGCUUUAGAUAGGCAAUUGUUUAAUGGGCAAAGUGGUAGAAAUUUGCUUUCCCUUUCCGAGGAUAGUUUAACUGCUGCAUAUUUGCUGAUGGAAGAUGGGGUCAUUUUAGAUGUUUACCAAAUGCAGCAGCUUCAAAUGCUUUGUAACAAAAGCUUAACUCCUCCCGCAAUUGUUAAAGCUCCUUCAAGUAACCGCUCAUUUUGGAGCGGCAAGCAAUUGUUUAGCAUGCUUUUGCCAUCUGAUUUUGACUAUUCAUUUCCUUUUGAUGGCGUUGUUGUUAGACAUGGGGAGCUUGUAUCUUCUUUUGAGGCUUCUGGUUGGCUACGUGAUACUGACUGCAAUGUUUUCCAGAGUAUUGUGGAACAUUUUCAAGGGAAAUCUCUAAACUUUUUGUAUGCGGCGCAGAAAGUUCUGUAUGAGUGGUUAUCUAUGACUGGUUUUAGUGUUUCACUCUCAGAUUUGUACCUCUGUUCCGAUUCCUAUGCACGAAAAAACAUGAUUGAGGAAAUAUUUUAUGGCUUACAAGAUGCAGAGCAGGCGUGUAAUUUCAAGCAGCUAUUGUUAGAUCCUUAUUGUGAUUUUUUGUCUGGAUGUCACGAAGAGAGUGAAAAUUCUAUGAUUAUCGAUGUAGAUAGUCUGAAUUAUGAAAGACAAAUAUCUGCUGCUCUCGGUCAAGCGUCAGUUGAUGCUUUUAGGCAUGUUUUUCGUAAUAUUCAAAGUUUAGCUGACAAAUAUGCAGGUAAAGACAACACUUUUCUUGUCAUGAAUAAGGCUGGAAGCAAGAGUAGUUUAGUGAAAUUAGUGCAACAUUCCAUGUGUCUUGGGAUGCAAAAUUCUCUGGUCCGCUUGUCAUACAAACUACCCCGUCAUCUUUCAUGUGCUGCUUGGAAUAGUCAAAAGAGGCUUGAUUCAAUCCAGAUAUGUUCUAGUACCCUUGAUUCCGUUCAGUCUUACAUUCCCACUGCUGUGGUUGAAAGCUCUUAUCUAACUGGGUUGAAUCCACUCGAAUGUUUUGUUCAUUCCAUGACAACCCGAGCUAGUGGUUUCAGUGAAAAUGCCGAUGUUCCUGGAACGUUAACACGGAAACUUAUGUUCUUCAUGCGUGAUUUGUUUGCUGCGUAUGAUGGAACGGUUAGAAAUUUAUAUGGUAAUCAACUUAUUCAGUUUCCUUAUGAGAUUGAAGAAAACAAUUCAUCUGAUAAAAGUUUCCAAGAGUAUGCUAUUGGUGGUGAACCUGUUGGGGCACUUUCUGCUUCUGCAAUUUCAGAAACUGGAUACAGUGCUUUGGAUCAACCAGUUAGUCUACUCGAAACAUCACCUUUGCUGAAUUUGAAAAAUGUUCUUGAGUGUGGUUCAAGGAAAAAAAAUGGUGACCAGACUGCUUCUUUAUUUUUGUCUGAAAAAGUUGGAAAACAGAGACAUGGGUUUGAAUAUGCAGCCUUAGAAGUUAAGAAUUAUUUGGAAAAAUUGCUGUUCUCAAAAAUUGUUUCUACUGUGAUGAUAAUAUUCACCCCACAUGAUAGCAGCAGCGUAGAGAAAUACAGUCCUUGGGUUUGCCACUUUCAUUUAAACAAGGAAAUUGUAAUGAGAAGGAAGUUAAGAGUGCAUUCUAUCAUUGACUCUCUUUACCAGAGAUAUUACUCCCAGAGAAAAGAACCAAAAGUUUGUUUUACCAACUUGAAAAUAACAAGCAAAAAGUGUUCUGUUGAUUCCACAACUAAGGAAGGUGAAGCCACUUCUAUAGAUAAACACGAGGGUAAUGAUUGCAUCACAGUCACAAUUGUUGAAAACUCUGACAAUUCUAUACAACUGGAUUCUGUUCGGGACUUUGUGAUACCUUUUAUUCUAGGAACAACAAUAAAAGGAUUUGCGGACAUAAAAAAGGUUGAUAUUCUCUGGAAUAAUCAAUCAAAAGUAACAAAUUCUUACAAUGGUUCUUCUGGUGAACUGUACUUGAGGGUUACUGUGUCCACCGUGGGUAACAGUGGAAGAUUCUGGGGUGUGCUUCUUAAUCAUUGUCACAAGAUAAUGCAGAUAAUUGACUGGCCACGUAGUCAUCCAGAUAACAUAAAUCAUCUUACAUCAGCCUAUGGAAUUGAUGUAGGGUGGCAAUAUUAUUACAAGGGUUUGGAAUCUGCAAUAUGUGAUACUGGAAAGUCCAUCCUUCCUAAGCAUCUGCGUCUUCUUGCCAAUAGUCUCUCAGCUAGUGGAGAAUUUGUGGGAUUAAAUGCUAAAGGCAUGGCACAGCAAAGACAACAUGCGUCCGUUUCAUCACCAUUUGUGCAAGCUUGCUUUUCUAAUCCGGGUAGGAGCUUUAUAAAAGCUGCCAAGUCUGGAGUCACGGAUAAUCUCCAGGGCAGCCUGGAUGCACUGGCUUGGGGAAACUGUCCAUCUAUGGGGACAAGUGGACUGUUUGAUAUCAUAUAUUCAGAGAAGGGUCACGAGGUAGCUAAGUCUGUAGAUGUGUAUAAGCUGCUAGAAGUCAGUCUUGACAAGCCCAACAAUAAGAUUGGUAUUCAUUCUCGCAACAAUUAUUCUGACAAAUGCGGUUCUGAGUUUAGGCAUAAAAAUGGUUAUGCCUUGAAAGAGGGAAAACGGUGGAAAAACAUUUUGAGAAAUUUUCUGACGGUAAAUGAUAUUCAGAAGCUGACUUUUGCUUCAAGGUCCAUAUUGAACAAGUAUUCGAUUGAUGAGCUGCUGAGUGAGAGUGACAGGUCAACAAUGCUAAGGGUUUUGAAUUUUCAUCCUCGUAGAAGUGAGAAGUUAGGCAUUGGACCGCAGGACAUUAAGGUUGGAUGGCAUCCUAAAUUUAAGGAUAGCCGGUGCUUCCAUAUAGUACGAACUGAUGGGACUGUUGAAGAUUUUUCAUACCGCAAAUGCAUUCUUGGUGCUCUAGAGAUCGUUGAUCCAAAUAUGUUGAAGAUCCAGAAGAAAAGAUGGUCAGGACGUGAUGACGCAUGUCCGGAAUCAAUGGUAGAGAGCACUGUUCUCUUUUGCGAGUUUAGAGUUGUGUUAUUAGCAUUACUCCAGCUAAAAGGUGGAAAGAUUUUGAAAGCUUCUUUUGUUGUGUUAUACUAUUUCAAAGCUGGGUGGUAUAGCUCUAUGGGUUUUGCUGGUCUGGUAGAGGCAGUGCAGCAGCACAUUUUGAAAGAACUGAGAUAA